AUGAGUAGCAUUUGCAACUACUACAGGAACCGGGGCUUCGUUCUUCUACGGGACAUUGUAAAGCUUGAUGACUGGGAAGGGAAAUUCAAGUCCAUUCAAAAAGCCGACGAUGUUCUCAGAAAAAAGAUCAAUACCUUUCUGGGUCUUGAAGCAAAAUCUCAUCUCAAAGACUUGGUUGAUCAUACCAAGGCACACGAAAGAUAUCAUCGGACGAAAGAAGAUCAGCAAUGCCUCAGAGACCUGCGAAUCACAGAUCCUCGCGCUGAUAGGAACCGCAUCGAAGACACUAAAGGAGGACUGCUACAAGAGUCAUACCAAUGGAUUCUCGAGAACCCGCAGUUCAAGACUUGGCGCGUCAGUCGCGACAGUCAUGAGAAUCGUUUGCUUUGGCUUAGGGGCGAUCCCGGAAAAGGGAAAACAAUGCUUCUCUGCGGUCUUGUGAAAGAGCUGAGGGAACAGUCCGCUUCGUGUCUGGUCACCUUCUUUUUCUGCCAGGCCACAGACCCAACCAUCAACAACCACAUAGCAGUUCUGCGUGGUCUCAUGUGGCUACUGGCAGAUCAGCGGCCUUCUCUUAUAUCCCACAUCAGAAAAGUAUACGACACUGCUGGAAAGAGCGCCUUCGAUGAGGGAAAUGCCUGGUACACCUUGUCAGAAAUCUUCGGGAAUAUGCUGGGUGAUGAGGGCCUGCCACUCGUUCACAUCGUUAUCGAUGCCCUCGAUGAAUGCACUAAAGGCAUGACAGAACUUUUGGGCUUCAUUCAGAAGACAUCACGUUUGCACAAUGUCAAAUGGGUCGUGUCCAGUCGCAACUGGACCGAGAUCGAAGAAAAGUUGAAUCAAGAGAUGAGUCUCAGCCUUGAAGUAAACGCAACACUUGUUGAGACCGCUGUUGAUGCAUACAUCUCUUUGAAAGCAUCGCAGAUAGCCAUUCUCAGGCAAGAUGAUGAUCUCAAAGAGAAGGUUUGUAGCCAAAUUCGAAAGAAGGCGAACGGCACGUUCCUCUGGGCUGCAAUUGUCAUUCAACGGCUUAACAUCAAAGCUUAUUACGACAAUGAAUCUGAGAUACUGGGCCUAUUAGACGAGAUGCCUCAAGAUUUAUCCAAACUUUACGCCCUCAUGUUGGAGCGUACUUCCCAGUUGGAAGGCAAGGGCCCCGAGCUAUGUCGAGCUAUUCUGGCCAUUGCGACAUUGGCGCAUCGGCCCUUGCAUCUCGAUGAACUUUCAUGUCUGGUGGGAUUCAAGGGCAAUUUGAGAAACUUGCCUCGGAUGAAAGAGCUCGUCAAUGAUUGCGGUUCGUUUCUGACUGUCCGAGAAGAUAUCGUCUACUUUAUACACCAAUCUGCAAAGGAUUAUCUGGCUGAUGAUCUUUCAUCACGACCCGUAAUCUUCCCGUCCGGAGAGGAGAGAGUCCAUUAUGAUAUGGUUUCGAACUCGUUGGACGCCAUGAAGCUUAUCUUGCGUGAGAAUAUUUACGGACUCGACCAUCUUGGUAUUCUCAUCGAUGAUAUUAGCCCACCGGAUCCUAAUCCUCUACGUCGAAUACUCUACUCCUGCACCAACUGGGUAGCCCAUCUCUGCGCGGUGGCUUCUAGUCAAGAUCAUUUCCGUCCCCAGAGCGAAGUCGUCGACAACGGAGAGGUCUUGAGCUUCUUGGAGACGCAUUUUCUCCACUGGCUUGAGGCGCUGAGCCUCACACGCAACCUGCCAAGCAACACCAGGGACAUCAAAAGACUCAGUGGAUUGCUCAAGACUGCAGAAAAAGAUAAGCUUCAAGCGUUCGUUUACGAUGCAAGUCGGUUUAUGCAAUAUCACGCGCACAUUAUGGAGAGUGUCCCAAUGCAGAUAUAUGUGUCUGCACUCCUAUUCAGCCCUACUGAAAGCCUCGUGCGUACGCGCUUCGGUGGCAAGCUAUCAUCUUGGAUACUCUUGAAUCCUAUCACGGAAAGGAUAUGGAGUCCAUGUCUUCAAGUAAUUCAGACCGAAUAUGACGUAACAGCGGACUCUAGCGGUACGGAUCUCUUGAUAUUGAACGACGACUCCCGGGAUGUCGAGGUUUGGGAUGUCACUUCAGGGAAGCGGUCGCAGAUACUCAGCCAUGCAGAGAUCGUCAAGUACGCGAUGUUCUUAAGCGACUCGGGGCGCAUCCUUACCUUCUCAAAUCGCCUGGCUUGUUCCUGGGAUGCAAACUCGGGGACCAAGCUCAGCGAGAGCAGUAUAUAUGACCUAAACAUUGGCUGGCAAGUUGCCUCGGUCUCAAGCGAUGGGAGGCUUGUCGCAGAUCCACCCCUAUCUGCAAAUGGCGUCAUUGUCUGGGAUACAGCCCAGGGCCAAGUGCAACACGAGCUGCGCUGGAAUUCAUCAAUGCCGGCCCGAAAACUGCUCUGGCUCGACGACAUGAGGGCUUUGGCUGGCAAGGAAAGAAUCAGCUUACCAAUAUGCUGUGCAUACUUCCGGCCAUGCUUUGACGUCGAGUCGCCGUAUAUUCUCACGCAAUUCGGCCGUAUCCACUGGAAUAAGCUCCUCGCUCAAGCCGACACUCUUCAAUCGGCACACGACUACAGUCGCAUGACUGAGGGAUAUGGGCUGAACAGUGAUGGAUCGUGGGUAACAUGGAAUGGUCGAAACAUUCUAUGGCUGCCACCGGGCUAUCGACGAAGAGGGAGGCGAGUGAUCUCCCAUGACUGCCUUAUCAUGGACACAUAUAAUCCAGAGAGCCCAUGCAUUAUUCGCUUCUUUGGUCCUCCUCCUUUCCAGUCUCUCCUCAAUUCGCGGCAUUGA